AAAACGUAAUCACGGUGGCGUAAUUCUUGAUAGUGAUGUGAUUCGCCUCGUGCUAUGAGGCUCGUAUACCAAUAAGGGGUUCGUUCACGAAAUCGCGUGCAGAGUGAGUGGGCAACAGGCAAGAUAAACACCGUCACGGCAGCCAUUACUCAUCCCUCUCGCGGCUCGGUGGGCGGCAGAGUACGUGUCAUUUUAUAGGAAAUGAUCUUCAGUAAAGGAUAAUAAUUUGCCCGGACAAUAUUAUUAGUGCAUGCACGUUUGUUGUAUUGUUUAUGUAUUGUUAUCCAUUCAUGCGUAUAUAGAUAAUAAUAUAGACUGUCUGGUGAACGCCAUUUUAAUAGAUUUAGAAAUAUGGAGGACAUUUCUAAAAUAAGAAUCUAGAACAGUGUUUAGGGAGGACGGAAGGACUGCAUUGAUUUCGAGAGACACGAAAGGAAGAACCCGGGAUCAAGAUAUCAGCAGGUUCUUAUACUUCCCUAAGCUUACCGUCACUCCGUCUCAUUCCGCUUCAUUCAUUAUAAUUUCUUUCCAGUAUUGCAAUGUCGUCAGCGUUAUAUUUUACUUAUGUGUGUAAUUUGAAUAACUGAAUUUGGCUUGUGAAGUUGUCAUCUUUCUUAUUGACGUCAUCCCACUGAGUCAGCCAACUUGUCUCCAUGUGGGUGGCGGCUGGCUGGUGCCCGUGAAGGAAAAACCUCUCCCACCCUCCACAACCCUUGCGGAUGCUUCGUAGCGCCUAUAGCUUUCCCGUCUAUGUGGAGGCGUUCGUCUUGCGCCCGUUUGCUCAGGCAUCCACAGCAUUUGAUUAGUUUAGGCGACUAUUAAAUAGUAAAUAUUCACAUGCUAUUCGGGGGGUCGUUAGAGCCGGCCCGCGGCGCCAGUCUCUAUCAGCAGCAGUGUGUGGAAGGAUGCGUUGUGUUGCGCUCCUCGUGACCUGUGCUGCCGUGGCGGCAGGGAGCGUCACGCAGCUCAGGGCGGCAGGCUACAGGCCCGGCGAUGUGCAGCACCGUAGCCCUGGCCAAGACCCAAAGUACCUCAUCGGUGAGGUGAUCGCCAACGAGUUCGACCGCCACGUGCCCGUGCUGAGCGACAACCUCCGCGGGGAGCUCAACACGCUCAGGAAUGACAUCAGCCGCCAGUUCGACUCCCUGAAGCAUCACAUGGAUGUGAAACUAGACAGAAUGCAGCGCGAUGCCCCCAGCGUGCCGGAAGUCCCCCGUGUAGAGCCCAGACCGAGGGAGGAGCCGUCCGGCGCCGCCACGCCCGCUGCCACCAUCCGCCACAAUCUGGCCAUGGCGGAGCUACGGCGGCUGGGCGCUGAUCUGACCCGUGCCAUGAACGAGGAGGUGGCUAAGCUGAGGGAGGAGUUCCGCAGCUCCCUCCACAACCUCCGCGAGCAGGUUCAGAACUCCACGGACGGCUUGGCAUCGAAGCUUGGAGACGAGUUUUCGACUCAGGCGGAGAAGAGCACGACCAUGCUGAAAAAAGUGUUCUUCUUGACGCGGAACCAAAUGAUGCUGAUCCAGAGCCAACUGAGCAACAUUACCUCCGCCAUCAUAGUGGAGAAGAAGCCUACGCCCACCACCCCUCCUCCCUCCUCCUCCCGCAGUGCCACCUCAAAGAUCACGCCACAAACACUCCCAGUAACGUCCUCAGCAACCACCGACAGCGACGCCUCCGCCACAGCACCUGCCGCCACCACCACCGCUGCGGACCCCCCCAAGACCGCUACCACCACAGAGGCUAUCACCACCCUCGGCGCCGCCACCUCCAUCAACACCACAACCACCACCACCACUACCGCCUUACCCACCACUACAGAACCUGAGGAUCUGCCGCGGGACUGCAUGGAUGCCCUGAACCGGGGGAAGGUACUCUCGGGUGUCACCAGAAUCAGACCCUCCCAGGAGCCUAAGGAAGUUUGGUGUGACCAGGAGACCGAGGGAGGAGGGUGGACGGUGAUGCUGUGGCGGAAGAAGCAGCCGAUCCAGAUUGACUUCAGGAGGAACUGGCAGUCCUACUCUGAGGGCUUCGGAUCCGCUGACGGCGAGUACUGGAUCGGUUUGGAGACGCUGUACAAGCUGACGAAGGGCAACCCGUACAAUCUGAGGGUGGAGAUGACCUGGGAGGAUGAGGAGGCCGUGUCCCUCUACGACUUCUUCAGCGUGGGUCCUGGGCGACUGGGGUCCAGGGGCUAUGAGCUUAACGUGGGCGGCUACAACAAGUCCAGCACCGGCGGGGACGCGAUGGAGUACCACAGCGGCAUGGACUUCAGCACCUACGACCGCGACAACGAUGGAGCCACAGGGGGCAGCUGCUCGGAGUGGUCGGGGGGCGGCGGGUGGUGGUUCAACUUCUGCUACUACAGCAACCCGACAGGGAUCUACCCACCCAUGGACCUGCCGCCCAACACCCAAGUCGACCACCUCAUCGAGUGGCGCAAGUGGCAGGGCUACUACACCUACCUGUCCAGCUUCCGCAUGUUGAUCAGGCCGAACUAGACUCACCUGUGGCCGAGUGUUGGUGUGCAAGGGUUCGUUUGUCCUCCAGUUUGCACGCACCAUUGGAAGUUUAUUAUCCCGGACUCGUAAGAAAAAAAAGUACCAGAUUUACUUGUGAAAAGGCGAGUUACGUAAUGAUUUUAUUUUACAUUUUUAAAAGAUUUGACUCCUUAAACAUUUUCUACUUUUGGGGGCUAUAAUUUACUCUUCAAUCGAGCAGGAAAGAAAUAGACUUACAUAAGAUCCACUUUUGCCAGAGUUUAAUCGUUAGUUAAGAAUACUGAAGAUCCCCUUUUGCCAGAGUUUAAUCGUUAGUUAAGAAUACUGAAGAUCCCCUUUUGUCAGAGUUUAAUCGUUAGUUAAGAAUACUGAAGAUCCCCUUUUGUCAGAGUUUAAUCGUUAGUUAAGAAUACUGAAGAUCCCCUUUUGUCAGUUUAAUCAUUAGUCAAGAAUACUGAAGAUUCCCUUUUGUUAGAGUUUAAUCGUUAGUUAAGAAUACUGAAGAUCCCAUUUUGCCUGAGUUCAAACGUUACUUAAGAAUACUGAAGAUCCAUUUUUGCCUGAGUUUAAACGUUACUUAAGAAUACUGAAGAUCCCCUUUUGCCUGAGUUUAAACGUUACUUAAGAAUACUGAAGAUCCCCUUUUGCCUGAGUUCAAACGUUACUUAAGAAUACUGAAGAUCCCCUUUUGCCUGAGUUUAAACGUUACUUAAGAAUACUGAAGAUCCUUUUUUGCCUGAGUUUAAAUGUUACUUAAGAACACCGAGUUGUCUUAUGAAAAUUAACUUGUCAAAAAAUAAAAAAGGUUGAUAAUCUAAUCGAACAUGAGGAAGUUAACUCUUGCAUCAGCUCUGCUUCUGCACGUGUUUCAUUACUUCAGAAUAACUAGUCAACCUGCUCAAAAAAUAACUAAUCAAAAUAUAGAAACUUUAACAAUCUCCUUUGGCUAUUAUUAGAUUUUCAUACGGUGACUCAAUAUUCCUUUUUUUCUGGUAUGAGUCCUAAUUGGAAUGAUGCAUAUGAACUGGUGUGCAGACCCUGAGUGGCGUCUUUGGUGUACAGAUAAAAAAAGUAUCAAGUA